GUGCGUGUGCGCGUGCGCGUGCGCGUGCGCGUGUGCGUGUGUGUGUGUGUGUGUGUGUGUGUAUAUACACCCGCGCGUCUUUAAAAGGCGGGCUAAAACAAACGGAGGGGCGUGGCCACAAGCGAGGUCCAUACUGUCCAAACCACGUGUUAGGUGGUAAAGUCCCGCCUCUUCUGUUUACGUUACCUGGCAAGAUGGCGGCGCCCAGAGCGUUCCUGCACCUGGGCGCCCGAGAAUUGAAUGGGCGAGCCAGGGUCAUCCAUAGCAUGAGUGAGUUGGGGACCCCAGACAGCAGUCGGGAGAAGAAAAGGACACUGUUGCAGUUCCUCUCAGAGCACUUCCAGGACAUGCAGGCUCUGCGAGAGUACUUGCUCCAGAAACAGAUCUCUAGAGUCAACUGGCAGAAUCGACCCUUCACUAAGAUCCAGGAGAAAUACGGCCCGUAUGUCACAGGCGCUCUCUUCAUCCUGAAGCAGGGAGGCGCAGUAAAGUUUCAGGACAAGGAGUGGAUCCGGCAAAAUGACCGUGGCCAUUUUCUUGCUGAGUUCCGUCAGUUCCAGAAGGUGCCUGUAGAGGCCGUGGAUGCCAGUGGCUGUGCCAUCAACUACCAGGGCCUGAGUAGCCUCUUGCCUCUGAAGGAGCUGCGGUCCCUGUCCCUGCAGCGCUGCCCCAACUUGGACGACUGGUGCCUUGGCCGCCUCUACCUACUGGCUGGCUCACUGCAGGAGCUCUCGCUGGCUGGGUGCCCCAGAAUCUCAGAACGGGGCCUUGCCUGCCUCCACCACCUCCAGAACCUCCGCAGGCUGGACAUCUCAGACCUCCCUGCCGUGUCCCACCCACGUCUCACUCAGAUCCUGGUGGAAGAGAUGUUGCCUCAUUGUGAGGUCCUUGGAGCUGACUGGGCUCCGAGUCUGAAGCCGGGGCCAGACAAGCAGCCUCUGGACACAUCUAGUCCCCUCUCUUCCUAGCCUGUGGCCCCACUCUUGAAGGGUCUUUGUGGAGUAUCUGAAGUCUUCUCACAGUCUAGCUGCUGGUGUAAUUCAUUCAGCACAUAGGAGCACAGGCAGGUAAGAAGACUGGGUCAGGACUGACUCAGUGCUGCCUGGUCAGAUAGCCCUCCAUGCACAACUGCAUGAGCUCCAUAGUUCCCCAUUACCCCUGUUUGUCAAGGAGACUUCCCCCAGACUCUCCUCAUAUGUGUUGACAGGGACUGUGGCUGACAUGAAACACUGCUGGCCCUUUACAGCGAUAGUUCUUCCCUGUGCCUACACUGACUAAAGACCAGCGGCACCCCAAGCCUCAUGGCAUUACCUACUGACUUACUGACUUGCACCUUCAAAUGUGGGGGUCUGAGUGUGUCUGCCCAUACCACCCCCAAAUGGAGAUGAGUGAGUGAGUGAGUGGAGAAAAUUCAUUCAUCUAGCACACCAGACUUUGACAGUAGAGGGCGCUGGAGAGAAUCCAAAGUGCUGAGAACUGCAGGGACUUAAAGUGUACAAUGUAGCAGGGUAUCCAGGUGCUACAGAGCUCAGUUCCCCUAGCACCCAGAUUGCUGGAUGGCCAGCAGCUUCCCCUGGCACCAUGUUACCAGUGGUCGUGUCAUGACUCAAUACACUGCAGAAAUGUGUGAUUCUUUCUAUUAAACGUUUGCUCUUCACAUUA